AUGGUGAUUCUGGAGAGGGGUGUACUGUUGAAUGUUGAUGGAGUUGUAGUUGGGAGAGAGGAUGGCACAAGUGGGCAUCAACAGAGAUUAAAGGUGGAUUGGAAAGGGAAUUCAAAAGUUAUGAACACGGGAGUCCAAGAGGUAAUUUUCAGUAGUUUAUUUGGUUAUUUACUGCUUGUUUAUGAAUUCAUUCCUAAUGGUACUGUUGUGUGCUGUGUUGAUGAGAUGAUGAUAUUGUUGUUCGUUCUGUUGCAGAUUUGUAGCAGAGAGGUGAAAGAAAAAGCAGACGAUUGA